AUGUUGUCGAAAGAACAAGUAACUGAAUUGAGAGAGGAGCUAGAUACCUCUCUAGACGAAUUGGUGACCCCUUCUUCGUCUUCAGAACAACCUCAAUUGCUUUCGGUAGUAGCUGGUCUCACUAACCGAAAUGAAAAUAUCUACCUUGGAUCAAAGGGUAUCAAGUCAUUGAAAACUAAUGAAAAAGUUGACAACGAUAGCAUAUUUGCUUUAUUCUCGUGCACUAAAACAAUCACCACCAUGGGUGCUUUGAUUUUAAUUGAAAGAAACCAAUUAAAAUUGAGUGAUUUUGCGGCAGAUUACUUACCUUUGAUUGACGAUUUAAAAUUGAUCCAACCAAAUUCAAUUGACCGGGAAACUGGUGAUUUCUUAAGCGAGCCAACUAAGCCUAAAAACAGAGUUACAAUUAAAGACUUACUACUUCAUACCUCAGGGGUAUCUUAUGCUUUUAUGAAUGCUGAUUAUGCUGCUUUAACGUUGAAAAAAAAUCAUCAUUUAAGCAACCUUAAUCCAACUCUAGAGUUUUUUUCAACAAUUAAAACACCCUUGGUGCAUGAACCUGGUACAGCUUGGGCUUAUGGUCAUAGUGUGGAUUUGUUGGGCUUCAUAAUUCAAGAAAUCACCGGGCUUAAGCUAGGUGAUUUUUUGAAAAAAGAAAUUUUUGACCCGGUUGGUAUGAACCUGUUCACAUUUGAAGUAGACGAUACUUCAAAUUUAAUCCAGGUUCAUAAAAAGAAAAAGGGGAAGUUUUCGAUCUUGAACGGAGAACCUGUACCUUUGAAACCCCAUUUACAUCUUGGUGGUCAAGGCUGUUUUGGUACUAUUGGCGAUUAUAUGAAAUUUUUAAGAAUUUGGUUGGCUAGAGGUUAUUCUCCGGAUUCUAAUAAAAGAAUUUUGGAAACUGAAACUGUAGAAUUUGCAAUUAAGAAUCAUUUACCUCAAAAUGUUAAUGUAACUUUUGGUGAAGAUAUUGAUAAACUAUUACCAGCGGAUUUUGAACCCGAUGGUUUUUCAUUAACUGGUUGUGCUUAUUCAAUGAAUGACUUCCCAACUGGUAGACCUAAAGGUGCGUUGACCUGGGGUGGUUUAGCUAAUAUUUUUUUCUGGAUUGAUCUUAAAAAUGAUAUAGCUGGAUGUUGGGGAGCUUCAAUUUUACCAAAGCAUAAUAUCGAUUGUUUGCAAAAUUAUUUCAAAUUUGAAUCUCUUAUUUAUGGUGCUUUAGAAGAUUCGAAAGAAAUCACCUCAAAAUUAUAA